AACGGAUUUCGAGCGUCGAAAUCACUCCUUGCUGUCUGUCAAAAGAGAGAUACAUUAUUACGAUUUGUUCCAUGGAUUUCGUAACGGCUCUUUCGACCGGCGCUAAAGUCAAUUUCGCGACCGAGCAGUAUAUAUACAGUUUCAUCCAGGCUGUCACGGCCGAUCCCCACAACUGGUUGGCAAAGGUGUCGCAUAACUUUGUCGGGCAGUGUUUCCAAGUGCUCGGCCUGAAGUUCAAUGCCACCGUCGAGUCAUUUCAGCAGUUCAACUACUUUCACCCGUAUUGCGAAGACAACUUGAACUACGUGUAUCAUGUUGUGCCAUUUGUGUUGAGUCGAGUUGAGGCGUUUCUGGACGAGUUGCCUACGCGACUUGCUUACUAUAAUAGUCAAGUUGCACAGGAGUCGCCAGACACACACCUGGGCCAGCAAUUCUAUGAUCUAACAAAUCCUGUGCGCUGCUACUUGCGCAUGGUCAGCGUCUGGACGAUGGUGGUGCGUGUCAUUAUUAAUAAACUGCAGUUGAACUUCAAUCUAAUUGAUCGGUUCAUCUGCGAACCGUUGGCCAGAUUAUCGUUUAGCCUACUUCAUGGCUUGGUCAGGCUGCUACCCAAUCAUGGCGAACAAUUUGAGCUGCUCAACCAAGUUUGCUUAACCCUUGCCGUUCUUGCCCGCUAUGGCAUAUUCUACGAGGCGACCUGUCCGGCCAUACUAACACCUAUGUUGGACAUAUUCGCUGAGCACUUUCAACUUUUCUGCGGGGCCACAAAAUCUGCUCUGAACUUCAUCUACAUUGUGUUAAACUGCGAGAUGACGAACAGUGACUCUUAUAUUCAGACAUACAAGUUUCUAAUCUCGAUGUUGGACAAAUUUGCUGAUGGACAGCAGCGCGAUUCAGCGAACAAUUUAUAUUUGCGCCUCUUUACCAACGAACUAAUCACCGAUAAAUACCUGGCCCUACAAUUUGAGAUGCUCAAAGGGCAGACCAAUCCUUUGCGUUUGGCUACGCUUCAAUAUUUGCAAACCUUGCAGCAGCACCUGGUCAGCGCAGAGAUUUUCCCGUUGCGUUUUCUGGAGCAAAUCUUGAUGAUUGUAUUGGACGUCUCUCAUGUUUCAAAUGCGGUGUGUUCCUUGGCUGCACAACUGUAUGUGACUCUGGCUCAGCGCCAGCUUCAUGACCGUCAGAUAUUCGUGCACAUAUUGGAAUUGUUUCUAAAAACACACCAUAUCACACAAAAAAAAGUUGCCAACUAUGACAAGCUUAUGUUGCUCUUGAAAAACUAUAUAAAGAAGCUGACGCCGUACUUUCCAGCUGUGCAGUUCUUCAAGUCCUAUCAAAAUGUAUUCAGUGCGGGAGAUGUGCGACUGGAGGUCAUUCAAUUGGCCGCUCAAGCUCUUUGCGCCCUCUUUGAACUUUACACGGAACAGUAUGCUGAAAGUGAGCUGGCCCAGAAGCAGGUGCAUAAGCUUCUGGCCAAUUGGCCGGAUCUACUUGAAAGGACUGCCCAGCGGCCAGAGAUACGUACCGUUAUUUUUGGUAUCUACAGUGUCGUGGACUUUGAGGCCAUCGUGAAUCAAAAGCCACGAUUGAUUUGUGCACUGGAAAGACACUGUUUGAAUAUGUUUGUGGAUGAUGAGACGCUUAACGAAGCCGACUUUUCAAUACUAUUCUUCAACAUCUGUCGUUCCGUGGAGGUGACAGGAAACGAAGAGCUGCUUGUAGCUGCUGCACUGAAUUUGCAGGAUAAGUAUGCAGAGAUAGCGGUGCACUUGCUGGAUCGCGAUCAGGAGAGAGUACAACCUGACCGACUGAUGGAAUACGCUAAAUGCGUGCGAUGUAUUUAUGUCCUGCUCAGGCACAACAAGCUGCGCGGCCAUCAGGUGUGCGAUAUAUACGAGAUACUAGCCCAGCAAAUGCUGAAGAUUUCAGUAGCCAAUGAGUGUCUAGCUCUCUAUGGCUACGAGUGUUUGGCGCUAAUGCUUGCACUGCUGCAUCGGGAGCGAGACCAGCUGGUUGAUGCCCAUGAGCACGAGGCAAGAUCCAUACGGCUGGCCGAGGAAUUGUACGUUGUCUGCGUGCGUGAAAUGGGCAACCUGUUGCCGAACUUGCAACACGGCAAGUCUCUGUUUUGUGCCAUUGUCGUGCUGCUGCUGGGAAUGCAGCAUAGCCUGACGCUCAAUGCGCUCACUUAUGAUGUUUUGCUGCAGCAACUCUCCGAUUCAACGUUGGCAAUUAAAGCACGAAGCGAUACACUGUACUUAAGCUACGUGAAGGAGAUGUACUCGCACAUUCGUCAGCUACACGCUUGUGAGUCGAUUGCAUUGCCCACGUAUCGCAUAUGGAAACUGCUGUUGCAGUACAAAAUGGUAAAAACCAUGCCAGAUUGCAUUUGCCUGGAAUCGAAACAAUUAAUCGAAGUGCUAAUCAAUCGUCGUACUGAAACAUACGCUCAUUGCCUGGCCGUCAUCCAUCUGCACAUUUUUAAUGAUCGCACCAAUUUGAAGUGUGUGCCCGAAGCUCUGGCCUCCCAUUUGCAGCUCGUCGAAGAACACGUCAGUGCGAAGGAUGCUUGGCUUUUGAGAUUGUAUGUUUUCAGUACCUCACUGCAGCUUCUAUUGGAUAGGCUGAAUGUAAACCGUACAGAACCAGUGGCAACCAAGCAACAGAAUUGUCUAUUGUCGCUGCGUCAUUUGAUAGAGCUGGUGGCACCACUGCGUCUUGAGAAGCAUCAUUUUCUGCAUAUCGCUCGACUGCUAAAUAGACUGUCGGCAAACGCUUUUACCACUGCCGAAUCGCUUGAACUCGACAAGUUUAUAACGCAGAUUAGCGCACACAAAUACCGUUGCGAGGAUGAUGAGGAUGGGGUGGUAUCCAACAAUGGGGUGCGUGCGAUCCGAUUAAAGCCUCAGCCACCGGGUCCUUUGGCGUUCUGGCAAACGAAUGUGUUUAGUAUUCUAUAACGAAAUUGAAGUACCACUACAGGAACUCGAUGUUUAAUUGACUUGUAAUUGAUAAAAUGAAAUUCCAUUUGUGUUAACAUAUUAUUAUGCGAUCUGAUUUUGUGGAUUAUUCAGUUCGUUUUUAUUAAGUUUUCUUGCUAUUCUAUAUUCAUCAAUAUUGUAAGAUUUCAGCUGUCACAUUUAUAA